CGGGAGAAGCGGCCGGCCGGCGUCUGCCGCACCCAGGAGUUGGGGAUGUCCUACAAACCCAUCGCCCCCGCCCCCAGCAGCACCCCCGGCUCCAGCACCCCUGGGCCUGGCACCCCGGUCCCUACAGCCGGAAGUGUCCCAUCGCCGUCGGGCUCGGUGCCAGGAGCCGCUGCCCCUUUCAGACCACUGUUUAACGACUUUGGACCGCCCUCCAUGGGCUAUGUGCAGGCAAUGAAACCACCUGGCGCCCAGGGCUCCCAGAGCACUUACACCGACCUGCUGUCGGUCAUAGAGGAGAUGGGCAAAGAGAUCCGGCCCACCUAUGCUGGCAGCAAGAGUGCCAUGGAGCGCCUGAAGAGAGGCAUCAUCCAUGCCCGGGCCCUAGUCAGAGAGUGCCUGGCAGAGACAGAGCGGAACGCCCGCACGUAACAGGACUCGACUCCGCCUCAGCAUCUGGACCUUUCCUGGCCACUGCAGAGCACCUGCUUCUCCCUGGCCUUCACCCCGAGUUGCACUUCCCAUCCUGGGCUUCCUGUCCUGUGUCCUUUGGUGGGUGCCCUCCAGGAACCAGUGGGCGGCUCUCGCUCCAGUCGGCAGCACUAACUGGAAACCCCCAAAAGAGUUAGCAGUGAGGUCACUGUGAAUCCCACCCAUGACCUGCCAGCAGUGUUGAUCCAACUGGAGCUUUCUCCUUUCUGUGGCCCCCACCACUCAGCACUUACCCAGGACUUCUCACCACUUUUCCCAGAUCCCUUCUCCCCAGCAGGGCCUCAGAAGGCCUGUCGCCUCCCUGCCCUGUCUCUUGGGCCAUGGCGACCCUUUUCUCAGUGUGUCUUUUGCUAAAUAUGCCCUUUUUGUAUAAAUAAAAGAUAAUUUGGAGUUGUUCUCUC